UGGUGGCCCCUGCUAAAGGCGAUCAUCUCAUCUGGACGUAGCUACACCCAGGCGUACGUACGUACAUACGCAAUUGUGGCCGCCAAUGGCCUGCUCCUGGACCAAACGGGCAAGGGAAACCAAAUCCAAGCGGUUUUGGGCUGUCAAAACGGAGCAGAGAAGUCUAUGUACAGAGCAUUUGAUUUUGCCCACUGGGCAGCAUCUCCCGCAUGCGGUGCGGCUAUCUCCCCAUCCCUGUCUCCUCAUUACUUCCUCCCUUCCUCUGCUGCUGCUUCUUCUUAUGAUGCUUCUGCUACUACUCCUGCUCAUCAAGAUUCAGCCUAUAAAUCAGAAUCUUGGAAUCCAGAUGGAACAUAUCAGAAGCAUAGUGGAACAAGCAGCAGAGAGCGACGAGCGAGGUAUUGAUCCACCGAUCGAUCGAUACGUGCCUGCUCUUUUUCGUUCAUUGGGAGCUUGACGAAGAAGACGAGGCAUGCCUGCUGCCGUCUCCGGGCGCCUCCUGACGAGGAACAUCAACAUGGCGAGCAGCCACCAGCAACACCAGCAUCAGCAGCCGCCGCGAGCAUUGCCGGUGAUCAACAUUGGCCGGCUCGGUGACAAGGACCCUGCCGCACGGGCGCUCGUCGUCCAGGACAUCGCACGGGCCUGCCGCGAUCGCGGCUGCUUCCAGGUGAUAAACCACGGCGUCAGCAAGUCCGUCAUGAACGGCGCACUCGAAGCCGCCUCGGAGUUCUUCGACAUGUCCACGGAGCACAAGCAGGUCUUCGCCUCCGAGGACAUCCGAGGACCUAUCCGAUAUGACACGAGCGCGCGGGACGGGAUCAGCAAGUCCAGGUCGUUCCUCAAGCACUAUGCUAAUCCCCUGGACGACUGGAUCAAGUUCUGGCCAAUGCAACCUGCAACAUACAGGGAGAAAAUGGGGAAGUACGCCGUGGAAAUACAGAGACUAUCAGUGCAACUCCUGGGAGCCAUUGUGCAAGGUUUAGGAUUAGAGCCAAUGUACCUGCAGGAGAAGCUCGGAACAGGGUUGCAGUUCAUGGCUUUGAACAAUUACCCGCAGGGAUCAUCUCUGGUAGGCGACACGGUCGGUCUGGCUCCUCAUUCCGACUACGGUUUCAUCACUAUCCUGCUGCAGAGCUCCCCAGGGCUCGAGGUGAUGCACCACGACGACAAUGCCUGGACGCCGGUCCCGGCUAUCCCGGGGGCUCUUCACGUCCAUCUCGGUGACCACAUGGAAGUGUUGAGCAAUGGCCGGCUCAGGUCACUUCUGCACCGGGCAAUCCUGAAUACCGAUGAAGCGAGAAUUUCUAUCGCCAGCCUUCAUGGGGUUGCAAUCGAUGAGAAGGUCAGCUGUGCUGAGGAGCUCGUCGAUGAACUCCACCCAAAGUUGUACAGGGAGAGCAGCUUCCAUGACUUCCUCGACUUCCUGCCGACAAAUGUCAAUACUUAUCGGAGGUUCGUUGAGACCCUCAAAUUCGACAGGGCUUAAAGAUGAACAUAUCGGUUCUGCUCCAUUACGACAUAGCUGGAUGAGACCCUUCGGGCUCCACUUAGCUGUGCCUUGAUGCUAGAGAACUGAACUAUUUAGCUAUGCCUCAAUUACCAAGUAUCCUAUUACAAAUAAGGGAGUAUGGUAUCAGCAGAGGUGGAUAGACAUGUGAUUAGCAAGGUUGCCUUUUAUUUCCCCUUUUCUUUCUUUGGAGAAAUGCAGUAUGGCUGCAUGUCUCUUCUAUCAAAAGGAGGUUCAAAGGAAUCUUGCAAGGUUCUUCCCCUUGUUUGGUCCUACACCAUAUGUGUUGGUCAGUGACGUAAUAUAUAUU